UUCGCGUUGCUUGUUUGACGUCUCCUUAACUGCGAGUGGUUUCAGGCUCAAACGAUACGCUUCCGAGGUCGCGUGCACUAGCGGUGCCGCGCGUUAGACCAUCAUCAGCGUGUCCGCUAUUGUGUGGACGUGCGUGCACGAGGACGCGCUCGGCUCAGGCCCGGAACGUGUUGUGCUUCGGUGAAGGCUUCAUCCGGGACUGCCUUGCACUAACACUGCGGAGAAGUUUUCUCGUAGAGCCCGCGAUUUAUGUCAUUUAUUUUUACGAGGAGGAUAAAAUAACAGACGUCGACUUGAAUUGCUGCAGAUAACGUCUGAAAAUAAUGGCGGAUUGCUUCUUACAGAAGUGGCAAAAAUUGUGAACUGGCCUGAGUCAAGUUUAUUGGUUAUGCGUGUUUCAGAUGAAUGUAUUACUAAGCAAGAGUCAGGAGCGCGUUCGGGAUAUGAUUCAUUUAUUGAGAUAAUAGUACAUUUGGAUCAGAGGGACUGACCCACUGCAUCCAAAACAGAAAAAACUUAAGUAAUUAUUUUUUAGAAUUUAUCAAUACGAGUAGUUUUUACGGCAUAUCCAAAUUCGAAUUAAAGGAGGAUCAAAGACGAUUUUCGAAAAGCGUUGUUUUAUUGGAAUUACAGGCAUCUGGGGAUAGAGACAUCAGACAAAGCGAGAGUUCAUUGGACAUGGGAACCCAAGGCACAGGACGGAAAAGAAUCCCCAACCGAGAGAGACUCAGCGGUGAAGACGAUGCACUGAAUCAGAUCGCGAGAGAGGCAGAAGCCCGGUUAGCUGCCAAGCGGGCUGCACGGGCAGAAGCAAGAGAAAUCAGAAUGAAGGAACUGGAGCGACAACAAAAAGAGAUCUAUCAGGUUCAGAAGAAAUAUUAUGGCUUGGACAACAAAUGGGGAGAUAUUGAGCAGUGGAUGGAGGACAGUGAAAAGUACUCCCGCCGUGCAAGAAGAAACACCUCGGCUUCUGAUGAUGAAGAACGAAUGUCUGUGGGUAGCCGAGGCAGUCUAAGGUCAGAUUUGGACAGUGCUGGUGCUUAUGGAGGGGUUGGUCUUCAGAAGGAAAAAUCCAAGAAGAAAAGUUCAAGAAGUUCAAAAGCUAGCUCAAGAAACAGUGAUGAGAGUAAACAGUCUUCAAGACGAGAGCAGCUCCUGGGGAAUCACUACUCAUCUGACCUCUACAACUGCAGUGGCCUUUCUUCAAAACCCCAAACUUCAACUCAAAAUGGAUCUCGGCCUUCCAUGCUUUGUAGCAAUGGCCUUCCAUCUCGGAGCAUCAGGGGGUCUCUACAUGAUGACAGUAUGUUCAGUGGUUCUCGUCGGUUUAGUGCCUCAAGCUCUCGAGCUCCAUCAGAGUACAGUGGUUUCCUGGGUUCCAGCUCUCGUGCUUCUUCUCGGGCUAGUUCUGCCCGCGCCAGUCCUGUGUCUUUUGAAGAGUCUGAUUCAGUCGCAGGAUUCUUGCGCUGUGCUGCUAGCAGUAGCAGUGUGUUACAUGACCUUGAGGAUGUUACGAUCCCUGACUUCUCAUAUGUUGAAGAAAGGCCAGAGAGGGAUUUUGUUGAAAAGGGAUCACGGAGCACCUCCACACUCUCCGCAGCUACGCUUGCUUCUUUAGGAGGGACAUCCUCUAGGAGAGGAAGUGGAGAUACAUCUAUUUCUGUGGACACAGAAGCUUCUAUACGAGAGAUAAAGGAUAUUCAUGAGUUAAAGGACCAGAUUCAGGAUGUGGAAAGCAAAUAUAUGAAAGGGCUCAAAGAAGUGAAGGACUCUUUAGCUGAAGUUGAAGAGAAGUAUCGGAAAGCAAUGGUGUCCAAUGCUCAACUUGACAAUGAGAAAACAAACCUCCUUUUUCAAGUGGACACACUGAAGGACUCAUUAAUUGAGUUGGAAGAACAGCUUGCAGAGACAAGGCGUGAGUAUGAAGAAAAAUCUAAACAAUAUGAACGAGAAAAGCAUGCCCACAGUGUACUACAGUUCCAGUUCAGUGAGAUGAAGAAAACACUUCAACAAACUGAAGAAUUGUUAGCUGAAGUUCGACAACUACACCUCAAGCAAGAAAGUUAUGUUAGGGAAAUAUCUGACCUACAGGAAACCAUUGAAUGGAAGGAUAAAAAAAUAGGGGCAUUAGAAAGACAAAAAGAAUAUGCAGAUGCAAUAAGAAAUGAACGUGAUGAGCUACGAGAAGAGGUGGUGAUACUGAAGGAUUUAUUAAAGAAACAUGGAAUAGUCCCUGGUUUAGAGGUGACCGCAAAUGGAGAAGCAGGAAGCAUUAUUAUUGAUGGUCCUGCUGAAUCAGAAACUGUAACAAUGGAAAUUCAGGAUUCUGCUCAGGGUUCUCAGUCACAGGAUGGGGUUAUUGGAAAACAUGAGGAAGUGGAAAGGGUGGAUGAUGAUAAAAGGGAAAUAAUGCCAAGUCCCAGAAGUGAAGGUGGAACACGUGAUUCAUCAGUAGAUGAUAGAGAGAUGAAAGAAGAAUCCCUCAACAAAAAGACUCAGGAGAAUUUGCUUAAGAAUGAAGACCCUUCACCUGUUAUAUCCAUUACUGACAAAUGUUAUGACUUGGAAGAUGAUCAGGAGGAAGAUCAAACUAAAUGUUUUUCACCUACAUGUUCAGAGACAGAAGGCAUAUUUAUUAAACACAGUGAAUUGAACCCAAAUGACCUAACAAAUGAUAGUUUACCCUCUUAUGUUCCAAAUGUUGUAGAGUCGACUUCAUUGCUUAAUGAAUCCACUGCAAAAGAAGAUAGAAUGAGAAUGCAUGCAGUAAAUGUAAUUACUGGGGAUGGUGACAGUGGUGACAAAAAUUACCAAGAUGUAUUAAAAUCUGAAAUUGGGAAUAUUACUGAUGAGCCAAAUAUUAAUGAAAAGUUGCACAAACAUGAAUUAUUUAAAAAAGUGAGUGGAGGUUCUUUGCAGGGUGCUGUUAAUAUACAUAUCGAGGGCAAUGAAAGUUUCACGGUAAACAGUUUAUACCAAAUAAAUCAGAGUUUAAAUGCAUCUCCAGACACUGGCUUGUGUGAAAAUAAAUUAAUCCAAGAUUCCGAUGAUAAGUCUCUUAAAUUAUUAGAUAAAGCUGACCAGAGAGUACACUUAGACAGGGAAUUAAGACUUGAACAGGAAAGUGUGUCUGAUGGAAAAGUAACAACAAAUGAAUUUAGUGAUAGCUUUCAAAAUGUAGGUCAGAGUGUGCACCUUUGUGGAACAAAGGCCAGUGUUGGCCACAUACAGAAUAACAAUAAUAGUGAUGUAAGUGAAGGCAGAAAUACAGACUCAAAAGAGUUUUUUCAGAAAAAGACCGAAAAUUUAUCAUCACUUGAUCCCAAUCUAAACAUAACCCUAGAUGAAUGCAGAAACAUUGGACAGGAGUGUGGCAAAGAAGGAGUUCUGCUCUUAGAAGAGCCUUUAGUUUUAGUUUGUUUUGAAGGCCUCAGAGGCACUGAAAAUUCAGUAGAUAGAUUCACAGAAGAUAUAAGUAGUAAAAAUCAAAACCAAGGACCUGACAGCAUAGAACCUGAAGCUUUAAAAUUAAAAAAUACAGUAGAAAAUAUUGUUGUUAAGGUUUGCUUGGAAGAUGAAGCUACAUUGAAAGCAGGCAAUGCCAUUUUAGCCUCAAAUGAUGACAGUAAUAUUUUCUCAGAUAAUCUGGCUGUGGAAUCAGAUGUUAAAUAUAACAAUGACUUAAGCAAUGUUGUCAAAACUAUGGCUACUGAAAAUGAAGAUAAACGGCUCCUAGAACAAGCUGAUUUGACUUUAAGCAUUGCAGAGGAUAAAGUGAACACCAUGUGUGAAACUAAACAAAGAAUCUGUUUUCUUGAAGAACCAGAGGUUAAAGAACUUGUGGAGAAUAGAGAGAAUUUAGCAGAGAGUGAAAAAUCUCAUCAAAUCUUUUUAGAGAUAUCUGAAAAGAUUGUGAAAGAAAUUAUCACAGCUGUUUGCAAUGAGUUUGUGCUGGAAACAAAAGAUUAUAAAGCAACAGGCGAUUCCAAUCAGUGUAAAGAAAUAAAUGCAAUGAAUGGUAAAGCCAACAAAGAUACUCAUCAAGAAAAGUCAGCUUAUUCAGAAGUGACUAUGCAGGAGUGUGAUGAUCAAGAGGAUGGUGCUCAAGCAAUGAAGGAAACUAUUUCCUGUAAAACAAAUCUUGUUAUAGUAACCAAUAACGAGGAAGCUGAAAAUCAGCAAACAAUAUUAGAAGAUGAUUAUUCGCAAAGUAAUGAAAAAGGUGACAAAAAUAAUGCUAAAGACAACAGUCAAAUGUCACCAAAUUGCGAACAAGCAAGUCCUGUGAGUUACUGUUCAGAAGUGAAAGUCAAUGAAGACAUUGUCUGUGACAGCUAUGAUCCAGGUAUAGUGGAUAGUUCACAAAGUAAUUUACAACUGGAAGGAUUUGAAAAUCAAGCCACCUCUGAUCUUAAAUUAAGGGCUGUGGUGAAAGAUGCCAUGCUGGUAUCAGUCUGUGGUCCUACAGAGAAAAAAGAUCACACUGAAGAUGGUAGUCCCUCAAAACAAAGUGAAAUAAAAAUAGAUGAAUUGCAAAACUGUGAAGAUUUGACUAUACCUGUAGCUUGUGGUUACAUUCAAGAACAUAAAAAUUCUGGUGAAGAUUUGAAAGAUGUUGUAGAGAAUGUGAGUGUCAUGACUAAAACUAAACAUAUUGUCAUGGAGAUAUGUGAUUUAGCAAGUAAUUUAGAAGAAGAAAAACUGAGUUUAGAGGUGAAUAAAAAGGAUGAAGAAAAUAUUAUUAAAGAAGAGCCUUCUGUGAUGAAAGAUAAAGUAACUGAAUCCAACAGUAUCAAUGAGCUGGUGACAAAAUGUACUUCUAAAUAUGGGAACCUUACUUUAAAAGAUGACGUUGAAGAUCUCAAAAUGCCUUAUAGAGCAGAAAUGGAAAAUCAUGGUUUAGACUUUCAAAGAUAUUAUUCUGAUCAGCCACCAGUUAAUGUGGAUAUUUCAAAAACUAACACAAUAGAAGAAACUUUUGAUGUACAAAGCAUGAAUGAACAACUAAAGAAUAAGGAGGUUGAGUUAUCAAAAAUUAUAGACACUUCCCAAGAUGAUUGUGUUGCUUUUGCUAGUUCAGUUGAAAAAGAAAAACAAGAGUCUGACCUGAUGAUUCAACAAAUGUUUAAGAAUGACACAGAAAAUAAAAGUGACCACCAGCAUUUAGAGUGCCACAGUCUACAUGAAUAUUCACACAAAUGUUGCCUCCAUAACAUGUCUGAGCAGAAUCAAGAAGUAGUUACGGUGCCUCACUUGAAAGUGAUUAACACUGAAAGUCCUGUCUGUAAUCAGGCAUUAUGGAGUAGUGAGAAACUCAGUUUGUCAGAGAACAUCAGUGACCUUACAAUACCUGCCAUUGUCAAAGUGGAAGCAAGUUUAAGUAGCUUUACUGAUAUAUAUAAACAAGCUCCAGGGCAUGAUGUCACAUUACAAACCAGUAAUGAAGAAGGAGAAAGCACAGAAGCAAGUAACAAUAUUAAUGAUUUACCAAUUAUAGGGAAACUGGAUUCAUUAAGCAUGGAGAAGGAGUCCUCAAUAGAGCUGCAGACAGAGUGUAAGAUUGACACUGAUGAGUCUUGUAAGAUGGAUGUUCAAAUUUUUACAAAUGCGGAAAAUGCUAAACAUCAAGCUGAUGAUAUGAAUAUUCAGAGCAAUAUAACAUAUGUGUCAGUUGAAGAUGGAGAAACAGAUACACUUCCCCUCUAUGACAAUCUUGAAAACCUAGAGCAAAACGUGAUAGUUAUUCACCAUCCAGCAGAGGAAGAACAUUUAGAUCCUGAAAGUAAUAAUCAGUUAGUGCAAUGUGGUGAAAAACAAGAAUUGGAAGGCAAACCAUCGCCAGACAUGUACAAAGACUAUUUUAGUGAUUUCAUGGAUAUCCCUGAGAAGUCAGAGGAGGAGAUAAAGUUUUCAGUUCAUGUUUUGGGUAGAGAAGGAGAUAAAGCUAAAGAUAACAUUGCAUUGUCUGACAGUAGCAAAGAAGUUUGUGAAACACGCUAUAGCACAGAACCAAAGGAGGUCAGUAAUCUUGCAGAAACAGGAAAACCAUUAGAUGAAGUAAUCAUAUCCGAUAGAGCAUCAUCAAAGACAGCUUUCCAAUCUGAAAAAGAUCCUGUUGAUUUAAGAGAAGAAAAUGUGAUUGGGAUAGGCCCUUUAGAACAUAUGAAGAAGGAUACCUCUGUUGAAGGAAAAGCAGUUAAAAAUAUUAAUGUAGAAGAAAUUAAUAUGGGCAUUGAGAGAGAUGAUCAAGAUGAACAGGAGGAGGGGGAUUCAUUUCAGUUUGAUGAUGAGGCAACAGUUACUUUGGAAAAUUCUGAAGUUUCUGGGCAUAUUGUGGAAAUAAAUGAAAAUAGUUCAGUUUUUAAAUCAAAUGACGAAACUGAGAUGCAGGACAAAGAUAGAGAAAUAAACUUAGAGAAAAUAAAUGACAGUGGAAGUUCACAGCAGAGCAACACAGAAACUGCAUGUGUGGCAACAUCACCAAGCAAAGAGGAGAGUGGAACUCUUCCAGAAUUGAUGGAAAAUGACACAAAUAACACCAAAUCUCUUCCUGAGGUAGAUAAUGGGGAUGGAGAACUAGAGGAAUUGUCACAAAUUGAAUCAGAAAAUAAGCAGGAUAGUGGUAAGCAGGAACAAGCCAAAUUAAACAAGAAAUCCAAAGGGAAGAGUAAAGAAGAAUGCAAACUGUCUUAGCCACUUUAAAUGCGAACUACCUGAAGUUAAGCACAUUAGACUAACUUUGGUUCUGUGUCUACAUUAAGAACUGUGCCACAGCAUUGCAUGAAAAUAUUUGUCAUUGCAGAUUUAAAAUUGUGGCUCUAACUUGACUGUCUUUAAGUUACUUAAUACUUUGUUAUAAAAUAUUUUGUGUUUGCAUUUUGUUAGGUCAACUUAAGGGAAGGUUAUUUCAUGUUAAUACUUUAGAGAGCAAGAGACAAUUUUCAGGGAUUCAUAGAUGUAUUAUAUAUUUAAUCUAAACAGUUUUAAGCAAAUUAAACAAGUGGAUAAAUAAGCCUUAUUCUUGCAGUUACAAAAUAAUUGAAUUACAGUUAUACCUGUAGAUAUUAAGUGUAUUGGAUAGGCCAAUAGUGAAUGUAAUGAUUUCUGGAUCAAAGUGCCUUUUUGAUCAAAUAUAAUACAAUGUUUUAGUGCAAAAAAGUGACUUAUUUCAAGAAAAAAAGAGUUCAGUUUUCAGCUGCAAUAUUUGUAUUCUGUAUAUACUGCCAAAAGUAGAAAUACUAUACUUUUUUGGGACUCGUAUUACAAAACUAAAAACAGCUUUAAGUAUAUUAAAUGUACAUAUACAGUUAAUGUAUUUUUACAGUGUGUUUCUUUUGAAAUUUGAUUCACACAUCAGUAGAUUUUAGUUUUGCUGUAUAUGGAACAAUCCCUGUCCAUGUUGUGCAUUUUCUACUGUAUAUCAUCAUUUAUUUGAAGUUAAAAGACAAAUUCUUAUUCAUCUUACAUUUGUCAUACACAGAAAAAGGUUAAAAUAUCACUAUUGUUAUUUUGUCUUUUCAUUUUUUGAGAGCACUUUAUAAUAAAUUAAGUGAAAGCUGGCUGUUUAAUUGUAUGUCAGAAAAAUGCAUAUCCCUAUGCUACAUGAGAAUAUUUCUUCAAAAACAUAUACACAAUUGCUUGUAUGCAUUUAGUCUUAAUAAAAUUGUUAUUACAACACCAAUUAA